AUGGUCCCCCCCAACGGCUCUGACCUCAGCCCAUCCUCCUUCAUCUUGGCCAGCAUCCCGGGGCUGGAGGAGGCCCAUUUCUGGAUGGCCAUUGUCCUGUGCUCCGUCUACAUCGUGGGGGCGGCGGGGGACAUCGCUGGCUUCGGCGCCUGCCUCGUCCAGAUGUUCCUCAUCCACACCCUGUCGGCCAUCGAGUCCACCAUCCUCCUGGCCAUGGCCAUCGACCGGUACGUGGCCAUCUGCCACCCGCUGAGGCACGCCGCCAUCCUCACCAACACCGCGACGGCGAAAAUCGGGCUGGCGGCCAUGGCCAGGGGCGUCCUCUUCUUCCUGCCCCUGCCCUUGCUCCUCCUGCCCCUUCCCUUCUGCAGCUCCCGGGUGCUGUCCCACUCCUUCUGCCUGCACCAGGACGUGAUGAACCUGGCCUGCGCCAACACCACCGCCAGCGUGGUGUACGGCCUCACCGCCAUCCUGCUGGUCAUGGGGCUGGACGCCGUGCUCAUCUGCCUCUCCUACAUCCUGAUCCUCAAGUCCGUCUUGCGGCUGGCGGCAUGGAAGGAGAGGCUCAAGGUGUUCAGCACCUGGGUUGCCCACAUCUGCCCACUGGUCCAUAUCGUCAUGGGCAACAUCUACAUCCUGGUGCCCGCUGUGCUCAACCCCAUCAUCUACGGGGUGAGGACCAAAGAGAUACAGAGGAGGAUCCUGAAUUUAAUUCACAUAAACAGCGACAGAACUGCCCAGUGA